CAGUAGAAGAAGUAGAACGCGGCAGUUGUGAUUAGUAAUUUGUUCGUUGCCGAGCGGCAUUAUGUAAACACAAAGAGUCAAAGGACUAAAAUAACCUGAAGUUUAAAGUUUACAGCUUAAAUAAUGAAGAACAAAAGGGAAAAAUCAUCCAAGUUUGGAGGGAAAAUAAAGAAAGUUGUCAGUGAUGUGUCUCCUUCGACAAGCAUUCCUCCUCUUGUGGAGGGCCAUGUGCGAUGUUUCCUAAGAGUCACGUUAAGCAGAGUGUUGUGGACUGUAGCCAAGCCUCCACCACGCACCCUGAUGAGAUUACGCUGGUGGGGAGAGACGACCAGCGGCACCGUCUUCUGUCCCAGAGAUGGAUCUCUAGAUAGAGAGAAAGAUGUGAAAUCCACAGCCAGGUUUCCAGUUCGAUGUGGCCCAAAGCAAUUCACUUCAUAUUUAACAGAUAUGGGCUCACUGGUGCUGGAUGUUCUUACAAAGCCUGAUCACUUACCCAUAGCACGAGUUCAAAUACCUGGAAUUGCUAAAUUGUCUUUUUCUCGUUCUGUUAAUGGAUCUUUCACACUUGUGUCACCGGUGUCUGAAAAGCUUGGCGAGCUACAGGCUACACUUGUUCUGGAGCCUCUGACAGAAACUUACGACAGCAGCAACUCAGUACCAACUGUAGACUUAAAUAAAGACACAGCAGUUUCUGCUCCAAGACUCAUAUCUGACCAAAACAUGCUGCUGCCAUCUUCAUCCCAGUUUGGUUCAAAAACCAAUGGAAAUGAAUCAGAUCCUGGCGGCAGCUCCAGGGGGACACCAAUAGGAAAGGAUCACUUAUACUUUCAAGAGCGGGGAAUACCACAUUCUGCUAGACCUAAUGCUGAUGCUGGAGCUUCAGUAAAUAGAAAUUUGCAGGAGAAAAGUGGCGAACCCAAUUCCCUCAUUCCCUCAACAUCAGUGGACCUACUUUCUGUUCUUCUUGAGCGUGGUAGCAAGCUUAGAAAUGCUAUGGUGGUGUCUGCAUUGCAGUCUGAUAUUGAUUCUGAAAUGGGUCUAAAGGAUGCUUCCCUCCACCUACAGACAGAUAACACUGGAGCUUUACCGCCCUCCAUUUUAUCGACAACGCCAGUGAAGCAGAAUAUUCUCCACUCAAGUAUUCAUCACUCAACUCAGGACCCUGAGCUCCUCAUGCCUGAUACGCAUGACACAGCUCUGGAGCAGCUUCUGGGGAGUGUUAACGGAUCCGUGCUUGCUUUAUGGGAUGGAGAAGGUUCUCUUCCUGGCUCUCUCUCCGGCUGCAGUAGUUUACUCCUGGACAGUGAGCUCAGUGAUCCCCAGUAUGAUCAGAGUCUACUGGAGAACCUGUUCUACAAGGCUUCAGUGACUGAUAGCUGUUUGGAUGCAGAAGAUGAGCAUGAGCAGCAAAAUAGCUUAGAAAAAAAUGCCAGGCUAGAUUUGGGUGUCAUAUCACAUAGCGGAAACAUGAUUUCCUUCCAUGGGCUGAGUUUGGACAGGGUUUCACUUCUUGGAGGCAUCAGUUCAGCUAGAGUUAUAGUUAUUCAGUUAUCAGUCCCUAUAGACAAUACCUCUAAUAUAUCAAGGAAGCAAUCAGGAAAAGGAAGACCACCUCUACCUCUCACUACUCGGAAAUGCACAUAUUUUGUUGAAUAUCACUUUCCAUUAGCAUCUGCUAAUAAUGCUACUGGGAAAUCAAUUCCUGUGGAGGUCAUAAGAGCUGUCUCCAAUAAAGCUGUCGGUGGAGUGGUGAAAUUUCAGCAUCGGAGUGUCUUUCCAGUGCACUUCAGUGGUGCAACUAUCAAGCAAUGGUGGGACACAAACCUUAACUUUACAAUCUACUUGAGGAAGAUUCAUCAAAAGAAACCUGUUCCAAUAGGGACGGCUGUAUUCCAGUUACGCACUUUGCUUCAGAGCGAUCGACUGAGUAUCACCACUUCACUUCCUGUCCAAAGAAUUGACAGCGACUAUACAAAUCAGGACAUUGGACCUCUCAAGGUCUCAUUUGAACUGGCUGAAAACAAGAAAGACUUCACUUCUAAAAGCAGGUCAGGGAACAUGGCAGCAUGUGCAGGCACAUCUCCACUGAAAGCAGACAUCUCUCUUGGACAGCCGGAUGAUGGAGACGCUAUUGAUUUCCCACAUGUUAGUAACAGUUCUCAGAAGACAGACAGAAGAGAGACACCUCCCAUGGCAGUUCAUUCAUCCUCGAACAUCGUAAUGCCUGAGGCCAGGUCUGUUUCACCACAGGGAGCUCAAAACUUUCCCCGUAAACCUGCUCAACUCACAGAGGAGGAAGACAGUGAUCUUUUGUUCCACACCCUGCUCAUGGUGCCAGAUGGAAAAGAUUUCCAUUGUGCACCUUUGCAGCCCAAUGUCUAUUUAAACUGUAAGCUCUUUGGAUCUGAAGAGACAAUUCGGUCUGUGGUCAGUUGGGGUCAGACACACCCAACAUUCAGCUUGAUUCAAGUGGCACCAGUAGCUCUCACUUCCAAACUGUUAGAGAGGAUGAGGAAUAAUAUGAUGAUCAUAGAGGUUUGGCUCAGAGCAAGUUCUGCACAUGAUGAUAAACUCCUCGGGCUGGUCAAACUACCUCUACACCAGUUUUAUAUGUCAUUCAGAGACCCCAAAGUUUGCCAGCUGCUUCUACAGGCACAGUAUCCAGUGGUGGCAGUAGACAGCUAUAUGCCCGUAGUGGACAUUUUCAGUGGUGGAACACGUGGGAGUCUGAGGGUGUUUUUGGCCAUGGGUACAUCUCAGCAGAUCACAGCUCUACAGCGCAUGAGAGACGAGGACCUGAGCGCCGUGUCUCGGUUGCCCAGACCAGUCCACUUACUAGACCACCGACCCAUUGAAGAUGUAAAGUUAAACACUCCUCCUUCUGCCCAAGCUAAGCAUGAGCACGUGUUUUUGUUACGGAUUGAGAGAGUAAAGGGAUUAAUUCCACUGCAGUCUACUAUCUGGGGAGAAGCAGAUUGUUAUAUCCAGUACUCAUUCCCCAUUCAGGAGGAGGCCUGGCAGGACAACGAUCCACAUAUUGUGGAAAGCAAUGUAGAUCUGAAGUCAUAUCGCACUGCUACUACACUGUGCAUGCCCGAUCCCGUGUUUGGCCACCGUGAGACACAUGUGCUAGUGGCACCUCCUGGUGUUCCAGUGCAGAAGCUGUUGCUCAGCUCGCUGGCCAGUCAGGGCUUCAGCAAUGGAGGAGGAAUCCAGUUUGAAGUCUGGUGCAGGUAUUAUUACCCAAAUGUGCGUGAGCAACUGGUAGCCAGAGGACUGCUGCCCAUGGCCAAGUUGUGUGCCAUGGUGACAAUGCAGAGGCAAGGAGAAAUGGAAGCACAGCUUUUCUGUCUCCCACUCGUGCCAAAGUCUGACAAGCCUACUGAUGUCCAGACACAACCCUCAGGUCUACUUGAAGUGAGUGUUCAGUACAAGACCCGGCCGGUGAGGAGGAAUAGUUUAAAGGAAGGCAUUUUGCCCACCCGCGUGGUGAAUCUGGUCGUGCAGGUGCACAGAGCCACUGGCCUGCAGGCCGCAGCACGGGCCAUAGGAUUGAAGUACUACUCAGAGGUGGGAGUUAAUUCGUUCGUCACAUUGCAGCUCUCGUUCCUGCCUGAGAAGGAGAUCAGGACGACACGUAUAACAGCCAGGAGCUUUUGCCCACAGUUUGAGCAUCACACUGAGUUUUGCUGUCAGCUGCUAGUACAGAGGGACAGUGGAGAGAGUGUGAGUCUAGCUGAGGUGCUACAGGAAGCUAUGGCCAUUUUUACAGUUUAUAACAGAGAUGGACGCAAAGUGAUGAAUGCAUCAGGAUCUGAAGACAGCAUACUGGGAUCAGUGAAAAUUCGACUAGCUGAACUCCUUGAUAAAAGAACAGGUAUUUCUGGUUGGUAUGCUCUCUCCCUCCCUUCAUGUGUGUCUUUACAUCAUGGCCUAACUUCAGUCGGAGGACUCGAACUCUCUAUAAACUUCAGCCACCGCACAGACCGGGAGCGAGUCCUGAGUUCCGCACGGAUGCUAGGAUGGGAACCUGCGACAGACGGGAGAGAGGAAGAUUGGGAUGAUGAAAAAAAAUGGGACACUCCUUCACAAAGAAUGUGCACAAUGACAUUUUCUAUUCUUAUGCCCAGAGCCUGGCUACCUGUCCAUAGCCUGCUGCUCCCAGGUCACACAAAGCUCCAGAGGUCUACCUAUUGUUACUAUAGAUACAAAUUUAAUGAUCAGGAGGCUUUCUGUUCUGAGCUAAGGCAUCCAGCUCUGGAAGAUGGUGAAGAUUGUGAGGGCAUGGCUACAGUGGCAUUCACAGGCACCCAGGUUAUAGAACUGAGAAUAAGUCAGCCACUUCUGUGGUACCUGAGGGAGGAGAAGCUAGAGGUGCAGUUGUGGGUAUCCUUUGGGAAGGAGAAGCGGAUACGGCCUCACAAGUUGGAUCGCCUGGUGGGGUCUGCCUUUGUGGAUCUUUCAACCCUUACAAAAACUUCAGAGCACAAGCAGACAAUAAGUGGUGUGUAUCCUCUGUUUAAUCCUUCUGCUGCUGACCUGGGUGGAGCUGCUCUGAGAGCCCACAUCACUGUGACAGCAGGAUCCGUUCCACACACACAUCAGGCCCCAACACUCACAGAGGAGGAGAUUCAGCUGAGCAGCCCCGGAGAGGAAGAGGAGGACAAAGGACCCUCGCCUAUACAAUCUCCCACUCCAAACACUCAGUCCAGACAGCAUUGUGGGUCUAAUAUACAACAAACUAAAUCAGUGCAAAGCUCAAAUGUGAUCACCAGUGACAACACUUUCACUGCAACUGUCAGUAUAGAGCGAGCUAUGCACCUUAGUCUGAAAGGUUGCCCUAAAGCUGAGAGGAAUAACAGCCUUCCCAGCUGCUGGGUAUCUUAUGUUACAGCUGAUGAACCUGCUACAGUGAGCACAUCUGCAGUACAGGAUAGUGAGUGUCCAGUGUGGGACCAUCAACAGGACUGCAGGCUUUCAAAAGAGCUGCUUUUAGAUCCACAGCAGUCUCUGGUGUUCAAAGUCUGGCACAGAGGAGAAAUAGAGCGUGUAAUAGGUUUCACCUCAGUGGACCUUUCCCCUCUUCUGUCUGGCUUCCAGUCCGUGUGUGGCUGGUACAACAUUACAGACUUAAGCGGGCAAUGCCAAGGCCAGAUCAAAGUGUCUGUGUCUCCUCGAAAGGGUGUGCAGGAGCUGCGAGCCCAGAGACAGACCAUGCACGAGAACACUGCUACAGAAUACAGUCCUCUGUUUAGUGCCAUGCCGCUGUGUUAUCAGACCACAGCCGUGUACAGCAGCUUCCCCAGUCACAUUAGCCGCUUCUCCGAGCAGAGGAUCAGCACUCCUGAACAGGCAGACCGAUUGCUGUUUACAAGGUUAAGCCAGGCUGACCAUCAUGACGAGCACAUGGACAAAGUUCGCCAGUUCCAUAAGAAUCUGCGGGAGAAGGAAAGUGUCAUGCUGAGUAACUGUGCUGGAGAUCCUUCUAGCUCAGCACUUUUCUCAGCCCUGAGGAAAAACCUCAGUGAGCUGGAUGAUAUCCGAAAGUACUUUAGCCGCAAGUUGUCUACACCCGUGUUCUCUGCUUUGGGGGAGCUGAAUCAAAACCCUGUGGACAAGGAACCACACAGAGAUUCAGAAACAGACACACAACAGCUACUUCUCAAGUCCAACCAACUGGUGGGAGAGGUUAAUGAAAUCAUUAAAAAUAUAAGUGAACAUCAAACCAAAAAAGCAUCCUCAAACACACAUAGUAGCCCUACUACCAGCCCAGCUGAAUCUGACGUGUGUGUUUUUUCAAGUGUGGGACAUUCAGAGAACUGUGGGACAGAGAAUGUUUAUAAUAAAGCCCCAGAAACAGAGAUAGAGGACAUCUCACCACUCCUGUCUCUUACAUCAGAAGAACCUGAUCCUAGGAAUGAGGAACUAAACCAAGACAGUCUCUUAUCUGAGGAUGUCAAUAAAGAGGAGGAUGAGGUGGAGGAAGAUGACAAUGAUGAAUUUGAAGAGACACUGAUAGAACCUCGGCCUCUCAAUGAGAUCACUUCAGCCACGGACAGGACAAGCCCCUGGACUACCGUGCUGUCUGAUCCUGAACUUGGCUCUUUAGAAAGUCUUGAGGCAACAGAGCAGCCUGCAGACAUCAUAUACCAAAAGGGGAGAGAAAUGUCUCCACCAGUUACUACCUCUAAACUACAGAGAACUUCUAGUGAUUCAGAUCUUUCUGUUGAGAUUGAAUCAUGUGAGGAUACAGGAGAAGAUACAGUGAGAGAUACAGGAGAAGAUACAGGAGAAGAUACAGUGAGAGAUACAGAAGGUUGUGAUGCAAGAGAUGUGCAUGUUUGCGGGGAAGAUGGCAAAGUGCAUAAUAACAAUUCCAAGCAAGACACUGGACAGAGGAGAGAUCAUGAUCAACAAGACAGUGCAUCAGAUACAGAAGAUUCAGGCUCACCAUUAUCUUCUAGCUCUGGAUCUAGAACAAAGGCAUACGGUAAAAGAGAAAAAACUGAAAGUAACGAGAAACUCUGUGACGCUGUAGAGAUUCCAAAUUUCUUUCUUCCGUCUCACCACUUGGAGGCAUCUAUGAGAGCGCUGCGUUUGGCUCCUGUUUUUCCCUUAACUGCUGGUGAUCCUACUUCUGGAAAACCUGAGUUUACAUAUCAUCGAGUGACUCGUCCAAGGCCCAGCAUUCCUCCAUCAUCAGCAAAGAGAGAAGAAACAAAACGAAUUGCAAAAAUAUUUGCUUCACAUUUUACACAGUGAAAUGAACAGUUUUGUAGAAUUUUGUUGACUUUUUGUACUAAUGCCUUUCUGUAUAAUAAUUGUAUUUAUGUUAUUUAUAUUAUUUUAAUAAUGAAUUAUGAAUAAAAAAAUAUAUUUUGA